AUGUCCGCGUCGCCCCAACCGGCCGCAUGCGACGAGCGCGCGCGCACCCCCAGAGCUGCUGCGUCGCCGCCCUCUGCGCCACGUUCGCCUGCGCCCGCUCAUGCUGUUCUUGCUACGAUGACCCCAGUUCAACCCGCGCAUGACUAUUACCCACAUAAAGUGGAGAUGGAUUCCGAUGACGGAUAUCCACCAGAAGCCCACUCGUAUCGUCAUUCACCCCACGAGCUUGCUGCAUACGCUCCUGAUAGUAAAGUCCCUGUACAACCAGAUGUAUAUGACCAAGGGAUGGAAUCUAUCGAUGAAAAAACUCCAAUAGAUCUUAUUUAUGAAGACGAUAAAGAAACCGUUAUAUACACGACAACACCGGAUCAGAAAAGAGUUGAAAUGAUAAGUGGACAACUGGAAGAUGGACAAUUGGUCAGUGGAGCGGGACAACUAGUGGAUGGUGGUGUGUCGGUUGUAGUAGGCGCCCCUGGACAAGGAACUGUUCUGGUGCUAGCUGAUGAACUCGGACAAGUCAUUACGAUACCCAGGAGGCGUAAAGAAGUAAUGGAAGUGAGUGGGGAUUCUUGGCGCGCAUACUACACUGGAGGAGCAGAACAUCCACUGAGUGCAGCUACAUCCGCUGUGUUAGGUGUCACUGAUGAUCCACAGCCUCAAUCACUUGUCACUGAGUACUACAAGCUGCCUCCUCUAGCACAAGAAACUCACCUAAAUUUGCAUAAGGAAGUAUGGCCGGCCGGCGGCGCACUGAAAGCGGCCAAUGGCGCGCACGGGGCGGAGCUGGGCGAGCUGUCGGGCCUGCUUCACGCGGGCCUCGUGAAGCGCGAGCCCGAGGAUCUCAGCCGCAAGGUGGUCGACGAGCCCGAGCCGCACGCGCUCAAGCCGCCGCGACACAAGCGAACGGACUUAGUGUACGUGAAGCUGAUACUGUGUUUUGACGCGGUGGCGGUCGGCGAACCCGGCGAAGCAGCAUCGCCGUCUCCGGUACCAUCACGGGCGUCGUCUGCUGGCUCUCUUCUGCCGGACGCGGCAAUGUAUGCAGCGCAAAUGUUUGCGCCCCCAGGCACGCCCAGCCCCACACCUUAUGGCGAGCAAUAUCCACGCCAGACGGCAUCCUUUGCUGGUGAACCUUACUAUCGAGAGUACUUCGUCGGUGAAAGUUACCAGCAGAGAGCUGCACCACCAUACAGUGAUACUGAGCCAGCUUCAGCGUCGGCUUUCGGUGAUCGAUACUCGGCUCCUCGAUACCAUAGCAAGAGUGUGAUCGCUGCUGCAGGACUUACAGUGGAUCUACCCUCACCAGACAGCGGCAUCGGAGCAGACGCUGUCACACCCCGUGAUCACACCACCGUUCAGCAGUCGUUCGAGUACACAGUAAUUUGCCAGCAACCCGGCGUGGGCGAGGACGGCAGAGGCACCCCAGCUGCACAUCAUUCUCCGGUACAACCACCCCGCACACGUCCUUGGCAUGACUUCGGCCGCCAAAAUGAUGCAGACAAAAUUCAAAUCGCUAAAUUGUUUUCGCCUUAUGGAUUUAAAUAUCACCUGGAAACUGCAAGUAGCAGUUCACAACGACGUGAAGAUGAUCGUAUAACUUAUAUCAAUAAGGGCCAGUUUUAUGGCAUCACUUUGGAGUAUAUCCAUGAUCCGGACAAACCACUUAAGAAUCAAACUGUUAAGAGUGUUGUCAUGCUCAUGUUCCGAGAAGAAAAAUCACCGGAAGACGAAAUAAAAGCAUGGCAAUUCUGGCACGGCAGACAACAUUCUGUGAAGCAAAGAAUAUUAGAUGCUGACACGAAGAACAGCAUUGGUUUGGCAGGCUGCAUCGAAGAGGUAGCUCACAACGCCAUAGCUGUCUACUGGAACCCACUCGAAAGCGCAGCUAAGAUUAAUAUUGCAGUGCAGUGCUUGAGUACAGACUUCAGCAGUCAAAAAGGCGUUAAGGGCUUACCACUUCACAUUCAGAUCGAUACGUUUGAAGAUCCACGAGAUACACAAGUUUAUCACAGAGGAUAUUGUCAAAUUAAAGUUUUUUGUGACAAGGGCGCAGAAAGAAAAACAAGAGACGAAGAAAGAAGGGCGGCGAAAAGAAAAAUGUCAGCUACAAACAGGAAAAAAUUAGAUGAGAUCUAUCAUCCUGUAACGGAGAGAAGUGAAUUUUACUCUAUGGCUGACUUAACGAAACCACCAGUUCUAUUUAGCCCCGCUGAAGACAUCGAUAAAUUAGCAGGAAUGGACAUACAGGGAUUUUAUGGACACGAUGAAGCGGCUCUUGCCGAAGCUCAUCUCAAGGGAGCUUCUCCUUUCUUAUUACACGCUGCGAAACCUCAGGCGCCUGCGCUUAAGUUCCAUAAUCACUUUCCACCAGAUGCUCCAGCGUAUCGAUCUGAUGUAGGCGGAUUGUCGCCAUACAGCGAUAGAAAAGAUUCCCUGGAGUUAGAAGGCGUGCUGGGCAAGCGCGCGCGCACCUCCACGCCGCCGCUCAGCGAGCGCGUCAUGCUGUACGUGCGCCAGGACACGGACGACGUGUACACGCCGCUGCACGUCGUGCCGCCCACCACGCAGGGCCUCUUGCACGCCAUUGAGAAUAAGUACAAAAUUUCAAGUUCGGCAAUUAAUAAUCUUUAUCGAAAGAACAAGAAAGGGAUUACGGCCAAAAUUGACGACGAAAUGCUGGCAUAUUAUUGCAACGAGGACCUGUUCCUGCUAGAAGUGCGACCGGCGGGCUCUAGUGAAGAUGAACCCCUCUACGAUAUUACUUUUGUCGAGCUAUCUCUUGAACAU